AACGACAACGACGUGGGUACCUCUGAGCGAGCGAACGAACAAAACUUCAUUUCAACCGAGUAUCAUAGUACGGGAACUGCCCGUAUUGGCGGAUUUGUAUUUUCGAUUAGAGGUUGCAGAGAAUAGCACAUCAAUUCACCGGUACAGUGCACUUCCUGGUCGGGUGCAGAGUGUUGGGGCAGGGCUGAGGGUAGUCAUAUAUAGACAUAGGUUGGAGGUAGCGUAAGUAUCGUCAGCUAGCUUGCACGAAAAGCUUGCAUCCUUGCCUUAUUUAUUUGUUUAUACUAAAGUAGACUCGAUAGAGUAGGCAAAAGUAUCGCUACUACUAGAUGAAGCUCACAGCACUUCUCCCCCUCAUUCUGUCCUUCGCGGACACCGUCCUAACCAGAAAAAUCCCACAAAAUCUUCAAUCCUUCCUCGACGAGUACAAAGUUCGUAUUCGCAACUCCCGCACACUUCUUCCUAUCGAUCGGGCGAACUAAAAUAAGUAUUCUCCACAGGGCGGAAAAUGCCCGGUAGAGCUGAAGUCCGGCUUCCAGUUUUCCGAAAAUCAGGCCAAAUCGGCAAAGUAUUGUGCAACCCCCGACCGUAAAUUCCUCUGGAUUGCUGGUCCCAAAUCCCUCGCGGAUAUGGACAUUGACUGCGACGGCGCCAACCGCUCCGCCGGGAAAUGCUUGAACGACCCAACGGGGCAGGGCCAGACAGCGUUUAAAGAUAGAGUGGCGAAAUUCGGGAUAGAGGACCUGGACUCUAAUAAGCAUUCCUACAUUGUGUUCGGGAAUCAGAAGUAUUCGCCCUCGUUCGAACCGACGCAGUACGGAGUGCCGGAGUUGGCUGUUGCGGUGGUGGUUUGUGGGGGGCAGUUUGUACGUUUGCGCUUUCUAUCCGAUCAGCUUGAAGGGAAGGGGUUAGGGCUCAGAGUGGGGUUGUGGAUGUGGUCUAGUUCUAUGCCGUCUGGGGCGACACGAACGGUGGUACGCUCGUUGGUGAAGCGAGCAUUUCCCUAGCGACCGCUUGCUUUGGCCAGAGCAUGACGGGGGAUAGUGGACACUCUGAGAGUGAUGUUUUGUACCUUGUUUUCACGGGGAAUAGAGCUGCUAUAGCUUCUGCUGCAGACUGGUAUGAUACAGCUAACCCCCUCCGACCGCCCUCCCCUGAGCGGCUAUCGUUAUUAAAAAUCCCAGGAAAGCAACAACAUUCCAAGACUUUGAAAAUUCCCUCGAACCGUACGGGGGGCCUCUACUUGAGGAGCUGUACGUAUACCUCAUUUAUUCCUUUCCAAAAUUUCCAUAGCCUGGCUUUAGUGCUCCCUUCGUGUUUGAUAAUUUGUCAUUGUCUUUCCUUUUUUCCCCGACUGGAACAUGGAUUAAUGGGAAUUAAACAACAGAUGUGCCGAGUACGCUGGCGAGCAAGGAUGUUACGGAGGAGAUGGCUCGCGCACAGGUUCUACCGGUGACGGCGGUAAAUCAGGGAACAAGUCUCUUGGCACACGAGUGAUCUGGGGUGAUACUGCCGCCCGCUAUUGGCUUGCGUUCGUGGUGGGUGCGGUUGGGGCAUGGGCCCUUUUUGGGGUUUUUCCCUGGCCCGGGUGAGGGGGAGGAGUGGCUUCUUGAGUUGGGGUUGGUAAUCAUCGUAAUUGCGUAUUCGGGGUUGGUUUAGGUGGGUUUGGUGUAUGAUGGCUGGUGGGUAAGUUAGGUAUUGAGUGAGGGGUGGGGUUUGCAAAUGGCUGAUGUAUUAUCAUUAAAUUUUAUAAAGAACUGAAUGGCUUCUUGCACUAUACUUGUACUGGUAUCAUAGUAACUGAAAGUGCUUUUGACACUGCCGCAGUCACGCACUUGAUCGGCUAGAUAGGUCAUCAGACGGUUCUAUAGUAAGGGCUACUUUCUAUCUAUUUCUCCC